CGCACAAGCCGAGCGCAUCGGUGCCGCGCUUUAUAUCUCAUCAGGCAUUUACACCGGUUCUUCAGGGAUAAUUCAACAUCUUCGUGCUUUCUAAAGGUGGAUCCCUCUAAAGUCAAACGUGUUUAAAUCCCGGCAGGAGAAAUAUGACGCUGCGCCCGGCGGUGCGUAAUUGAUUCGGAUAUCCUGGCCAUCAGAAAAGGCUGCGCCCUCUCAUCUUACCCCAGAGAGCUUCACUCAAAGAAAACAUCCAAUUAAAUAAUCAUGGAAGACAAACGCAAGAAGCGGAGCCCAAAGGUUUCUCUUCCUCAGCCCCCUCCUCCCCCCAUCAACCCCCGCAAACUCUCCGUCCUGCCUGCCAGCAAAAGUGCCACCUUUACUCUGGGCCUGCCGCAGCCUCCCUCCCCUAAGAACAGAGGCAAGUACAAAAGGUCCAUAGGAGCACCAGGGCAGCCCAAAGAGGUGUUCACCGCUGUUGUAGCUCCACCAAAGACCACCAGGCCCCACAAGGAGAAGCCCCGGGCCCCCCAGCCAGCAGGGCCCAGUAAAGUAGUCCAGUCUUCCCCCCUGCAGCACUCCUUUCUCACAGAUGUCUCAGAUGUGAGAGAGAUGGAGGGAGGGCUCUUAAACCUCCUCAACGACUUCCACUCAGGCAAACUGCAGGCUUUCGGGAAGGUGUGCUCCUUCGAGCAGCUGGAGCACGUGCGUGAGAUGCAGGAGAAGCUUGCGCGACUGCAUUUCAGCCUUGACAGCCAUGUGGAGGAGCUUUCAGAGGACCAGAGGAAAUGUGCCUCCGACCACAACCUGGAGCACCUCCUCUGCAAUCUGGAGGAGCUCAGCACCUCAAUACAAAAGCUCCACUUGGCUGAGAACCAGGACCUGCCCAAGACAUCUGGCCCCUGACAAAGUGAGGUAUGGAGGACGGCAACCGCACACACUCAUCUUCUCACAACAUCUAACCAGUCCAGGUUGCCAUGGCAUUGAUCCAGCUGCCUUAGUAACAGAACGGAAAGAUCCACAGGAGGAGGGGUUAUUUUUUCCAUUUGGUCAGCGAAGCCGAGGGAACAAUACAGUGACUCAAAAGCAGCAAAGCAUUAAAUGAACACGCCAACCAAAAUCAUAAACCCCCUCAUUCAUAGCACAAGAAAUGACCGGCGGGUUUACCGAACAGUUGUGUUGAAAGGAAAACAUUGUGUCAAAGUUUGGAAAUGUUGUCGUCCUCUAACUUGGCUUCAGUUAGUUGUUACAUCACUGGGUAACAAAUAUCUGAAUCCAGGUGAGUAUAAUUUUCAGUCCUUUAGUUUCCAUUACAAAAAGCACAUCUCAUGAAAGUUUAAAAACUUAUAUUGUGUUUUCUUAUUUUAUAUUAUGUUUGGUCUUUUAAGUUACCAUGUUACAUGCUGUUAGGAAAGAUCAAGGAAACAUAGGCAUAUUUAAGGUAGCAACCAUAUUUGACAACACUGUGGUUUUAACCUACAUGUUUUAAGGGAAUUUUCACUUUUGCUAUUAUUCUGAAUGCACUCUCUCAUUUUUAUAUCUUUGGUAAAAGUUUAAUACUGGAAGAAACUGGAUUUAAUAAAAGCUGGUGACCCUUUCUUUAUAACUGCAUUUAAAGGGACUAUGUGGGAAGACCUAAUGUACAAAGUAUUUGAUUAAAUUCAAUGUAAAAUGGUUGAUAUGACGCUUUGCCAAUGUGCAGCUCAGCUACUGUAUUUGAUGGUUGAAUAUGUAACUAUAGUUGGAAGAUUUUAUCAGUGCUUCUUCAGGACUGCCUUCAUUUAUAUGAAUGAGGGCAGCAGCAGCAGCAGCAUCCCUCCAAGCACAAGCUAGUCCACCCUGCUACUGAAAUGCUGUAAAAUCACCUACUGUAACAUGUAGGUCAUCUCCAGUCUGACAUCCACUCGUCUCACAUGACAUUGUGUUGAAUAGCACAUUCAUACAGCAAAGCAGCAGGCAUUCAUCUCUGUACAGUUCAAUUUCAAAAUGGCAGCUACUUUCAUGAUUAAAUGUUCAGGUGGUAAGAUAAUGAUUUGCAUUUCAUUGACUUCCAGACUUGGCCAUAACAUGUAAUCCCAGACAAGCCCAUUAAAGUGACAUUACUGUUGAAUCAGAGGAAUGAAGGCGUGUAAUUUCUCAAAGCAUCUUACAUCCAGUUUUCAAAAAUGUAAUAACUUUUUUGUUGUUUUGUACAGCUUGCUAAGCCUACCUCUUUUCCAAGGCCUAGGCCUGGAUAGCCUCUAUAGUGACAAGCUACAUUUCAUGAUGUCACUAUAUUAAAAAAAGGUCCUAGACAGCUAUUUUCUGUUUUUUUACACGUUAGAAGACAAUUUGCCAGAAGAUGAGUUUAGACGGCAUGCCAUAUGAAUUAGGCACUACUGAAAGAGAAACUGUGAAGAAUCUCUCAUGUGUA